GCCCCAUUUUGUUUACGUACUCACUGAAAAACAGAAGUAUAUGAAACAUAUUUCCCCACUGGUGAUUCAAUCACUGUAAUAGUACCACGCACUGUUCUUCUGGGCAAAGCACAUCAUAUUUGAGAAUUAUUUCUGUCAAGCUCUUAUUACAGAACAGAAGCGGAAAUGGCAGAUUCUGUAGCGAGUCAGUAUGCAGAUCAGUUCAGCUGUCCAGUCUGUUUGGAUGGGCUGAAGGAGCCGGUGACGAUUCCCUGUGGACACAGUUACUGUAUGAGCUGUAUUACUGACUGCUGGGGCCAGAAGGAGCAGGGGCCACCGUACCACUGUCCCCAAUGCAGAGAGAGCUUCAGUCAGAGACCUCUACUGAAGAAGAACACUCUGAUAGCUGAGAUGAUGGCGAAGCUGCAGAAGACGUCCCUACAAACGGCUGCUGUGGAGUGUGAUGUUUGCACUACAGAGAAGAACAGAGCUGUAAAGUCCUGUCUGCAGUGCUUGGCUUCCUUCUGUCAAACUCACCUGCAGCCUCACUAUGAAUCUCCUGCGUUUAUGAAGCACAAACUAGUCCAAGCUUCCAGAAACAUUCAGGAGAACAUCUGCCUUAGUCAUGGGAAACUUCUGGAGAUUUAUUGUCAGGAUGAUCAUCAGUGCAUUUGUUGUUUGUGUACUGACAAUCACAAAGGACACAGUGUGGUGUCUGUGGAUUCAGAAUGGACUAGUAAAAAGAAAGAGAUAAAGGAGAUAAAAGAGGAGUGUCAGAAGCUGAUCCAGGAGCGAGAGAGAGGUCAGCUGGACCUCGUUGAAGCGGUGAAGCUUCUUACAAGUUCAGCGCUAGAGACCAUGGAGGAUGUUGAGGAGGUUUUCAUUGAGCUCAUCUGCUCCCUUGAGAAGAAACGCUCUGAGAUUAAAGAGCAGAUCAGAGCUCAGGAGAAGACUGAAAUAGAUCGAGCAGAGGAACUUCACAAACAUCUGGAUCAAGAGCUGACAGAACUCAGAAAAAGACAAACUAAGAUUGAGAAACUUCUGAUUUCUGAUGAUCAGGUCCAUUGUCUGAAGAGCUGUCAGUCUGUGUGUGUUUUACCCACAUUUGAAGACAGCUUCACUCAACACUCUCAUCUGUCUUUUAAAGACAUUUCACUCUCAAUGUUUAAGGAGGUUUUGGAGGACGUCUGUCAACAGCAAACGGACAGAAUAUCCAGAGAAGUGUCAAAUGUCUACGUUGCAAAUCCUCCAGAACCAAAGACACAGAAUGAUUUUUUGCAGUAUUCCUUUGAACUUCACCUGGAUCUAAAUACAGCACACAAACACCUCAAACUGACAGAAGAGAACAGGAAAAUAUCAGCUUCAGAUAAAGCUCAGCAAUAUCCUGAUCAACCUGAGCGAUUUAAUGAACGUCCCUACAUCUUGUCUAGACAGGGUUUGUACGGUCGCUGUUACUGGGAGGUCGAGUGCAGUGGGGAUGAAUGGGCUGUAGGAGUUUGUUAUAAGGGAAUUGGACGUAAAGGAAGUUCUGAUUACUGUGCACUUGGUUUCAACAAAAAAUCAUGGAGAUUGGGCUAUUAUCAGCAUCAUUUCGGUUUCAUACAUGCUAAAAUAAAGGUCCGUAUCCCUGCUGCCUCUAGAAUAGGAGUGUAUCUGGAUCACAGAGCAGGAACUCUGUCCUUCUACAGCGUCUCUGACACAAUGACUCUCCUUCACAGAGUCCAGACCACUUUCACUGAACCCUUAUACCCUGCUUUUAGGGUUGGAGGUGAUUCAUCUAUCUGGAUCAUAGAGCAUAAAAAAAGACCAAUUAUAAAAACAUAAUCUAUAUACCAUAAAUUACCUGAAUUAUUCACAAAUGCAAGAGGUCAGUAUGUAGAGUGUAGCACAGGGUAAAUUUCCACCACUUUUUUCCACAUUAAAUCUCUUCUCUAACAUUUAUUAAAUGGUUAUGCUCUGAUUAAUCAUAAUUUAAUAAUCUAAAAAUCAAUAUUUUUGACAUUUAUUCCAUCAGUUUUGAGGUUACAUUUUUUUAGAUAGAUAACUGAUUAGUACAUUUGUUUUAUUUUUGAUAUUAAAGAUUUGUAUGAAUAUUUGUAGUUAAAAUAAUUGAUUUAGAUUUGAAUGAUGGUUGUUUUUAUUUCAAAGUGUUAUUUUGAGAUCCUUGAGGUAAGAAGCCUCAUUUUAAUUGGUGCAAAAAAAAAAAAAGCUUUUUAUAAUUUAUUAUAAUUCAUGAAAUCAUUUGUUUAUGGCACAUUUCAGACAUCUUUAUGAUUUAUCUUAACAUGUAGGCCAAUAAGUUCAGUCAUUUUAAUCUCAGUUUAUAGUCUGUUACUGUAAUGACAUUCCUUCAGUUAAAAUUUAGACCUGUGUAUAAUUUAAUUCAAAUGUAUUUUUUUGACCGAGAUUUUGCCAUUUAAUUUGUCUGUAUUCAAUGAUUUAACUAAAUGUUACUUUAAUUCUCAUUAAAUAUUCUAAAUUGCAAUUCAACUAGAUUCACAAUAUUUAGCAUUUUACAUUAAAUCGUCAAAAAUUGAUAAAAAAAAAAAUCAAAUGUCAGCUGUGAUCAAUUAUGGGCAAGAUAAUCCACUUUCAUGAUUUUCAAUUGUGGACUUAAGUAUUGAUUCUAAAAGUAUUGUAAAUGUCUAAAUUUAAUAAUUACAAUGUUCACCAGUUGAUAAUAUGAGGAAAAUAAACAUUUUAUUUC